UGUGGUCAAUAGUGACAGACUUUUUCCCGGAGAGUAGAGAGACGAUUCCGAUUCACCUGUCUUUGCAGUAUCCAAGAACUACAGGUGUAGCACAUACAGUCGCAGGUAAACAGAAAAUGUUUGCCAAGGGCAUUGAUUUGAGCAUGGUCAGUUCUGUUCAAUUAUUGUCAAAGCGCGGAGCAGUCGAAAGGAAACACGAACAGAAUCUACUGCCAGUUGACAGCUUUGUGUAAACAGUGAAACCAAUGGUGCGGCAGGGUCACAUGGUCACGAUGGCACACCUAUGAGGCCCCGAGCGGCGCCAGACGCUCAGACUGCAGGUAGAGCAGAGGUCCUGAUCAGGGGCAGGGCGCUGGCUCAUGUGCUCGUGUACGGCACGGUUUCCCCGGUCUAUGGCAAUCAUGAAUCGGGAAGAGCAUUACUAUCCGCCUAACCACCUGUACAAGGACUCUUGCGCCUUCCAGAGACACCCCAACGAAGACUACAGCCAAAACCCUCCACCGUGUCUUUAUAUGAGACAGGCACAGUCCGUCUACGCCUCACCAUUGGGCGCACAGGACCAGCCAAAUCUUACCGACAUAACGUCUUUUAACAUGUCGAGCCGGGAUGAUCUGGCAGGGCCUCAUCUUCACCUUCCCCAAACUUCACAGACAACUCUACAGUCGCUCGGGGGUUACGGAGACUCUCUGGACCUCUGCGGGGAUCGGAACAGAUACCAUCUCCCUUUUCCGUGGAUGAAGUCAACCAAAUCUCACACGCACGCAUGGAAAGGACAGUGGACAGGCCCUUACAUGGUCGAGGCCGAGGAGAACAAGCGCACGCGCACAGCCUACACCAGAGCGCAGCUGCUCGAGCUCGAGAAAGAGUUUCUUUUCAACAAAUACAUCUCACGCCCUCGCCGCGUCGAGCUCGCACUCACCCUCAGCCUCACCGAGAGACACAUCAAGAUCUGGUUUCAGAACCGACGCAUGAAGUGGAAAAAAGAGGAGGACAAGAGGAGAGCCAGAGGAGUGGAUCCCGAACAGGACUCCUCCAUCACGUCCGGGGAUCUUAAAGACGAGUCUUGCGUCGGCACGGGGACACUUGCGGGACCCCCUUCACCCAUACACCCGCAUGCACCUUCAGUUCCACAAGACUCUUAAAACACAAGACUGUGUCACGAGCGGAACAGUGUUUGCAACUGCAACCAGUGGCAAAAGACUGACAGCAGUUGUAAAACUCCAAUAUGUACAGUGCUAUCUAACAGAUUUGCAAAUGGGGGCGCUCUCGAUUGCCGCAUUUUGGACAUUGUUUGAAGGUUAUGAAUUUUAUAGAUAAAGGAAUAGUUUCUUAAUUUAAAAAGAAAUGGUUAAAUACAACACCAUCCCAACAUUGAUCAUAUUUAUAUAGGUACCACAAACAUUAAAGUGAUGUGUGGCGUCAUGUCAUUGUUUCUCCAUGGUGCUGCUCAAAAAUGGCUCGAGUGUGUAUUGUAAUAAAAUUUACA